UGGAAGUCACGCUAGAAGACUCGGAAAAAUAUUUAUCAAUUAUUUUAUGGGGAUAUGUUUCAACCGCAAAAUUACGUUCUUUCAUUGCUGAAUGGGAAUAAACAGAAAUGUGAUGCAACCUGCUUUCGAUCUUCGAUGUCUUUCAAUAGCUGCCGUCUUUAUAUUUAUGGUUGUUCCCAAUGUUGUCCGGACAAACCUAAACUAUGCCUACAACAAUUAUACUCUUGGUCCUUGCAACUUCACCUGGGAAGGUUUUCCAACACCUUGCAACUUCACCGCUUUGCACCAUCCAGAAGCCAACCUCUCGAUGUUCAAUUGGGCCGUAGGUUGCGGGGAGGAAGCCUUUUGGACUGGAGGACCACCUGUUGACAGUAAUGGAACCGCGAAAGGUGGUUACGCAUUCAUGGACUUAUCUCGGAUGUCCAGCGAUGAAUCGGGACUCAUUCAUCGGGCCUGGUUACCUACUCAUCCUCUCAAUGCGACUUCUUCCAAAGGCAAGUGUCUUCACUUCAGUUACAGCCUGCAAGGACUGUCGGUCGGAGGCCUGCGCGUAUUGAUCAAUGCAACGGACGUCACUUACACUAUCUGGGAGACACGGGACUCUACAGAUGGCGAAUGGCAGAGUGGAAAAGUAUCAUUCACUUGCGAGACAGCGUUCAGAUUGGUUUAUGAAGCUUUUCCAAGAGAAACUUACUUGAGGAGAAGGGGAUUUGUUGCUGUUGACGACAUUUAUUUAACGGACGGUUUCUGUGCGGGGGAUUGUACAUUUGAACAUGAUUUUUGCAAUUGGACAAAUUCUAACACAAGCGAUGAAUUUGACUGGAAAAUGGGUCGUGGCAGCAGCAGCUCUGUCACAGGGCCAUCACGAGAUCACGGCAGCAGUGUCACAUGGCGUGAAACUGGUGGCUAUGCUUACAUAGACUCAUCGUACCCUAAUAAGCCUGGAGAUAAAGCUCAACUUUGGAGUCCAGUUCUGAAUCCUUUUGGUAAUGGCAGUGCAUUGUGCUUGAGUUUUUGGACCUCGCUGUAUGGCGCAGGCGUCGGAGCACUACGGGUGUACAUGUACGACAACACUACAAAUGCAACGGGAGAUCCAAUUUGGGAAUUGUACACCGGAACACUGACUCCUGAUCAGUGGUACAAAGGAGAAGUACCUCUUUCCCUACCAAGACCCUUUCGUGUAAUUUUUGAAGCGGAAAUAAAUCAGCCAGGUGAAAGCGACAUCGCUAUAGACGACAUUGCCUUAAACAAUGGAACUUGCCCCAGUAUUCCAAGAGAGGCGAGCAAAUCAGGGGAUUGCGCUUUUAUAGUGGAUUCUUGCGGUUGGAAAGAAAUGGACACCAAGACGAGACCAGAAAGUCCGCCAUUAUGGGGAAGGGUCACGGGAGAAGGAACGCUACUCAGUCCCGAUGGGCAUUCUUCUAUGGCUGGAGUGUCUCGGCCAGAUUCUUACAUGAUGUUCAAUACUGCAAGUUAUCAACAUGCGCCAUUGGAUAAGGGCCAGCUUAUCAGUCCACGUAUACCACACAGCAACUAUACGUACUGCUUGACUUUCUGGACGUACAUGUACGCCAGUACAGCUGGAGUACCGAUUGGAGGAUUGCAAGUCAAAGUCCGUAAGUCGGACAACACUUCUAUCAUUUUGUGGAGGUUGGAUAAUCACCAAGCAUCACACUGGGUGCACUCUCAAUUGUCUCUUCCUUCCGACAUGAAUACGACCACUGAUUAUGUCAUAAUUGAAGCUAUAAAAGGUGGUGAUACAAGAGCAGCUAUUGGAGUAGAUGAUAUCACAUUUACAACUCCUUACAAUUGUACAAUUAAACCUCAAAAGGCUCAUGUGCAUCAUGCUGAUUGCGCCUUUGACCGAGACCUGUGCCAUUGGAGAGUUGUGAAUUCCUCUCACACGGGUCCAAAAUGGCGAUUGCCUUCUGGAAACACGAAGCCAGCGACAGUGAAGGAUCAUACUUAUCAAGUUUUGGGAGACGGAUUCGUCUACAUUGACGUCUUCUCCUCGCCGAGUCCAGUCAGCAGUACCCUGCAGUCACCCCUCCUCUAUGGCCACCCUAAUAUCACCUAUUGUCUGAGCUUCUGGUACUUGGCCCUGGAAACGGAGCAAGGGGCCACCCUGCUGGUCAGGGCUCACUACAACAACACACAUACAGAAAUAUGGAAGUUGAAUCGAGACGAAAAGCUACAGACACAUUACCAUUACGGUCAAGUGAAUGUCACACUUGCAUCCAAUUUCUCGGUUGCCUUUAUCAGUACUGUGCAAAAGUCUGGAUGGGUCCUCGACGAUAUCAAAUUUUCAAUGGCUCCUAUCUCCAACCUUACCACAUGCGCUUUACGACCCAAGAAUGCGAAAAUUAGCUGAAAUCAGCAUGUGAACUACCUGACACGCAAAGAACAAACUUGAAGAACAUUUCACAUCGUCAUUAAAACUACUGUUGUACAUUUUUUUAAAAAUAUCUUUGAAUAUUGUGAAAAAUACAUCCAUAAUCAUUACAACACUUCUGUAUUAUUUUAUUUGCUUUAACUCAUUGUUAUGAGGGCUACCGAGAGCCAAGGCGCAGUUUGGUCGCCGCGCCGCGUCUCCU